CUGCCCCAGCAAAUUGGGCAGCCCGGGUCUGGUGACAUUAUGCCAGACGCCUAUAACAGUGCCUGGGACAUGCCGAUUUGCUUGUCAUUCAGCCAGUGCCGGUGUCUGCACAGCAGGAAGAAGGCUCGCAGUUGUUUUGAUGGCGGUGACGAAGCGAUCGAAGAUCAAGCGAAUGCUUUGAUAAUCCCACGUUGGGCUCCACCCCCUGCCUAAUAAAUUGCUCAGCGAGGACGAUAGAAUUCCGAGCAACAUGAAGAGAGUCCAGUAGUGGUGCCAAUGAGUGGAAGGGCUCGGGUAAACAUUUUCUGUAUCCCAGGGUAACGUUCCAUUAAUCUGCUGGCGGGACAGCGCAGCCAUGUUGGACUACGACCAGGCGACCUCCUUCCUGGGAGAAUGGGGUCCUUUCCAGUACGUUAUCUUCUUCAUGCUCAGUGCCAGUAUCAUCCCCAAUGGCUUCAAUGGCAUGUCUGUAAUGUUCUUGGCCGCCACCCCCGACCAUCACUGCCUGGUCCCCGACACCGCCAACCUGAGCCAGGCUUGGAGCAAUGUGAGCAUCCCCUGGGAGCUGCACAAUGGGGAGCAGGUGCUGAGUAAAUGCAGGAGGUACAGGCUGGACACCCUGAGUGAGUACUCCGCUCAGGGCUUGCUCCCUGGGAGGGAUGUCAAUGUGAGUGGCAUAGAGCAGGAGAAGUGUCUGGAUGGAUGGACCUACAGCAAAGAGCUUUAUCUCUCCACCAUCAUAACAGAGUUUGAUGUAGUGUGUGAAAAUGAUUGGAAGGGACCAUUGACUACAUCUUUGUUUUUUGCUGGUGUGCUUGUUGGAUCAUUUGUUUCCGGACAGCUGUCAGACAGUUUUGGAAGGAAGAAGGUGCUGUUUGCUACCAUGGCUGUGCAGACUGGUUUCAGCAUUGUCCAAGUCUUCUCAACUAGCUGGGAGAUGUUUGCUAUACUCUUCUUCAUCGUUGGCAUGGGACAGAUCUCCAAUUAUGUGGCUGCUUUCAUAUUAGGAUCUGAAAUUCUUGGAAAAUCUGCCCGCAUCAUUUUCUCUACAUUAGGAACAUGUAUAUUCUUCGCUAUAGGGUACAUGCUCCUUCCACUCUUUUCUUACUUUCUCAGAGAAUGGCGGACAUUACUGUUGGCACUCACCAUACCUGGACUCUUCUGUAUUCCACUUUGGUGGAUUAUUCCAGAAUCUCCACAAUGGCUAGUCAGCCAGGGAAGAUUAGAAGAGGCAGAAGAAAUCAUACGAAAGGCAGCGAAGAUGAACCAUGUUACGGCUCCAUCGAUUAUAUUUAAAACGGAGAUGGAAGAUUCUAAAAAUGGCCCAAUAAAACGGCACACUUUUCUGGAUCUUGUGAAGACUCGCAAUGUCCGCAUCAUCACUAUAUUGACUAUAUGUAUUUGGUUGACCAUUUCCAUUGGUUAUUUUGGUGUCUCCCUUAAUACCCCAAAUUUACAUGGUGAUCCGUUUUUAAAUUGCUUCCUUCUGGCCGCUAUUGAAGUCCCAUCAUGCGUACUUGCGUGGUUGCUUCUGCGCAAUGUGGCCAGGCGGUAUUCAAUGUGUUCCACGAUGCUUCUUGGUGGAAUUGUUCUUCUUUUCAUCCAGCUGGUGCCUACGGAUCUCCAUAUCGUGUCAACAAUUUUAGUGAUGAUUGGAAAGUUUGGAAUUACAGCAGCAUUUAAUAUGGUUUAUGUUUACACAGCGGAGCUUUAUCCUACAGUGAUCAGAAAUAUGGGUGUCGGAGUGGGCUCCAUGUCUUCCCGAGUUGGAAGUGUCAUCUCACCUUCUUUUGUCUACCUAGGUGCAUAUGACAGGAUAUUGCCUUACAUCCUCAUGGGGAGUCUGACUGUAGUCAUGGGAAUUCUAGUUUUGUUGUUCCCAGAAACUUUAGGCAGACCUCUGCCAGAGACUAUUGACCAAACACAAAACAUUAAGGGGAUUUGCUGUAAAAGAAAUGUCCCUCUAGAAAAUCAUGUACAUAAAGAAGAAUUCAAGAAUGGUUCUGUUUUAAUGUCUUCACAAUUAUGAUAUAAGUAAUUCUACUAUUUAGUUUGUGUUUCUGUGCAUCUUUGGUCCUCAAGUUGAGAGAUAUUCAAUAACAUGUGAAUUGAAUUGGACUGGCGUAGCGAUGAUUGCAAAAUAAUAGAAUGCUAUUAAGAAGAGAACAACAAGUCUAACAAUGCCAUAACGAAGUAAAAAAAGAAAAACAACAUCUGUACUAAUUUUUUUAUGUGCCUUUAUUGUGACACUUGCACAAUACAGUCAUAAUACAGUAACUUAAUUAUAUAAGGUUGUGUGAAUGGUUUUCUAUUGUCGUUUAUGAAACUUUGUUAUUAUCUGUAGGUUUUUUUUUUAUUCACAAGCAGUUUUAAGACACAGUCGUGCAAAAUUCUAUUAAAAUCCUUUUGACCAAAUAUGUCAAUUUUUUUUUAUAGAUAAUUGCUGCUCUAUUUUUAUACAGCAGUUGUCAUUAACUGCAAUGUAAAUAUUAAAUAUUUUAUGGAAAUUUAUCCUGUGUAUGGUAUUUAAUCACAAUCUCAUGUGGAAUGGGACUUGAAAAACCCAGUUGUUUUGACAAGUACACAUUUGGGGCUUUGGGACAACCCAUGCCACGAAAUGAAUUUCUUACAUAAGCACAUAAACAGCCAUCCUCUGUUCAUCUUCCAAUUCCCUCAUAACAGAGAAUCCAUACUAAGAAGACCGUGGUCACCAUUGAGGUGCAUAACUAAUUCAUGUUAGCAAAUUUAAUGUCAUUUAACUU